AUGACUUCUGAAGUCCUUGAUCUGCUCAAGAACCUCGACCUCUCCGAGCCGAAGAAGCUGCCACCGGGCAAGAGCGGCAAGCCGACGAAGAUCGCCACCAAUUCGUAUCGUCUCACGAUCGCGAAGGGCCACGCCAUCUUCAAGUACGAUGUUCGCAUCUACGAGACCUACGUCAACAAGCAGGGCGUCGCUUCGCUGAAAGAACUUUGCAAGCAGACCAAAGACGACUUCACCGAGCAAGAUCGCAAGGCGAAGACGGUCUUCCUGCUCAAGCUGUUGACGGAGAAGAAGUUGCUGCCGUUCGGAAAGCUCGAAGAAGUCGUGUAUGAUCGCGCGGCGAUCCUCUUCAGCCUGAAGAAGUACCCGGCGGUCAACAAGCUCUUCGAUGCGGCUACCCUCAAGGAUAUGAACUACAAGUGCUCUGAGGAAUGCACCGGCGUACAAUUCGAGCUCAAGCCCGUUACCGAGGACUACGCUCUGAUAACCGACGAUGCCUUCCGGGAUGGUGAUGGUAACAUCUUGGAGUUCCUGAACCUGCUGACGUCUCAACACGCUUUCGUCCGCACCGACAAGUUCAUCGUCUACCAGUCGAACCGUGCCUUCCUCUUCGACCCCUCUGAGGCCGGAUUCCGCGAGGCCGAUUGCCCCGCCCUUCCGGACGGCAAGUACCUCGGAAUUGGAUGCGGCAAGAGCGUGCACAUCGCCGAAGGCGCUUCGAAGGGCAACGUCGGCCCCAUCGUCACCGUUGACGUGAUCAAGACGGCCUUCCAUGGCGAAAACGUCGGCCUCCACAUCAAGGUGGCGGCCAUCUUGAACUGCCCGGUCGAUAAGCUGGAGAGCAUCUACUCGCCCGACAAGCUGGUUCGAAUCAAAGACCAACUGAAAGGUCUCACGGUGCAACCGAGCUACCUGAAAACCCAGCGGGUCAUCAAGAUCAAGCAGACGGGGCUCUCGGCGAACAAGCACGAGCUCGAUAUUGAUGGAAAGAAGCUGACGGUGACCAAAUACUUCCUGCAGAAAUACAAUAUUCAGCUCAAGUACCCAUCGUACACGGUCGUUGACGACCGCGGCUCGGUCUACCCAAUCGAAUGUCUCAUCGUCGCCCCGAAUCAGCGUGUCAGCGGAAGUCAGCAGUCGCCGGACCAGAUGAAAACCCAGAUCAAGGCCAAAUGGUCGAACAACGGCUUCGCCAAACCGGCGGUGGUGGCUGAUUGGGUUGUCUUCCUUCUUCUCGACGAAAGGGACUCUCGAACGAAUCCGAUCAACGAGGCGAAGAGGGUCGCCAAGACCCUGAUGGACAUCGGCCGACAAAAUGGCAUGCACGUCGGAGAGCCGAAGGAAUAUUUGUCGGUGGACCGCUUUAAGUUGACCAACGCCUUCGAGGAGGCCAAGAAGAAGGCCGUCAAGUUCAUCUUGUUCCUCCAGAGCGGCACGCUUCAUCACCAUGGGGAAAUCAAGGCCCUGGAGCAGAAGUACCAGAUCCUCACACAGGAUCUCCAGUACAAGCGCACCACCGAGACUGGCCGCCGCGACACCAUGAAGAAUAUCGUGCAAAAGAUGAAUAUGAACCGGUUCAAGGUCUCUUACGGCGCUAUCCCGGAGACGAUCUGGCUGUACCGCAACGGCGCCUCCGAGGGCCAAUUUCCUGUGUUGCUGAACAAGGAAAUCCCGCUGUUCUACCAGGCCGUCCACGAGUUGACCAAGGGCUCCUACAACCCGAAGCUCGUUUAUAUUGCUGUCAGCAAGGACCACGUCCAUCGCUUCUACCCGGAGAAUUGCCAGGGAGGCUCGGCGACGCUCCAAAACGUUCGCCCGGGCACCGUCAUCGACAACGGCAUCGUCUCGCCUUCUCGCAGCGAAUUCUUUUUGAACGCUCAUCUGGCCUUCCAGGGAACGGCGAAGGCGCCGAAAUACACCAUCCUUCGAAAUGGCAGUGAUGUGAACAAGCCUAUCUACACCAUGGACCAGAUCCAAGAGCUGACGCAUGCCCUGACCUUUCUCCAUGGAAUCGUCAGUAUGGCCAUCUCCCUUCCAGCCCCGCUGCGCGUUGCCUCGGAAAGCGCCAAGCGCGGCAGCUCCAACUACACCCAGGAGCGCAUCAAGCCAGUUCACGGCAAUGUCGACCUGGAGGACAUUGAAGUGCUCAACAAGGAGAUGGUCUACAGCGGCCGCCAACUCUCCAAGAAAGAUCCGCAUUUGCAAGAAAAAAUGACUUCCGAAGUCGUUGAUCUGCUCAAGAACAUCGAUCUCUCCGAGCCGAAGAAGCUGCCACCGGGCAAGAGCGGCAAGCCGACCAAGAUCGCCACCAAUUCGUAUCGUCUCACGAUCGAGAAGGGCCACACGAUCUUCAAGUACGAUGUUCGCAUCUACGAGACCUACGUCAACAAGCAGGGCGUCGCUUCGCUGAAAGAACUUUGCAAGCAGACCAAGGACGACUUCACCGAGCAAGAUCGCAAGGCGAAGACGGUCUUCCUGCUCAAGAUGCUGACGGAGAAGAAGUUGCUGCCGUUCGGAAAGCUCGAAGAAGUCGUGUACGAUCGCGCGGCGAUCCUCUUCAGCCUGAAGAAGUACCCGGCGGUCAACAAGCUCUUCGAUGCGGCUACCCUCAAGGAUAUGAACUACAAGUGCUCUGAGGAAUGCACCGGCGUACAAUUUGAGCUCAAGCCCGUUGCCGAGGACUACGCGCUGAAAACGGACGACGCCUUCCGGGAUGGUAAUGGAAACAUCUUCGUGUUCCUGAACCUGCUGACGUCCCAGCAUGCUUUUGUCUGCACGGACAAGUUCAUCGUCUACCAGUCGAACAAGGCCUUCCUCUUCGACCCCUCUGAGGCCGGAUUCCGCGAGGCCGAUUGCCCCGCCCUUCCGGACGGCAAGUACCUCGGAAUUGGAUGCGGCAAGAGCGUGCACAUCGCCGAAGGCGCUUCGAAGGGCAACGUCGGCCCCAUCGUUACGAUUGACGUUGCCAAGACGGCUUUUCAUCGCAAAGGCAUCGAGCUUCACGUCAAGGUGGCGGCCAUCUUGAACUGCAAGGUCGAACAGCUGGAGAGCGUCUACUCUCCCGACAAGCUGAUUCGAAUCAAGGACCAACUGAAAGGAUUUACCUAUGCCCUGACAUUCCUGCAUGGAAUCGUGGACACGGCCAUUUCGCUUCCAGCCCCGCUGCGGGUCGCCUCGGAAUGCGCCAAGCGCGGCAGCUCCAACUACACCCAGGAGCGCAUCAAGCCAGUUCACGGCAAUGUCGACCUGGAGGACAUUGAAGUGCUCAACAAGGAGAUGGUCUACAGCGGCCGCCAACUCUCCAAGAACACCGGCACAGCCUGGACCUAUCUUUACGCAGUGACCUGCUUGGAGAUGUUGACAAUAAUCGGCUCGACGGUUCUUUAUAUCCCCUUUAUCAUAGUGGUGGCGACGAGCGGGCAAUUUCACAAGAACCUGCUGCGGUUGUUCAUCUUCUUUGGUUUUUGCAUGGCGAUACAUUCUGUGACGCGGGGAAUUCUGAUGCUUUUCGAGUUUCAUUUCUUACAACGAAAAGAAACGCCCGAAACCGAUGCCCUGCUUUUCCUCGUCUCGGCUGGUCGCGUCUUUUUGGCCAUAAUCUCAGCCCUAAAAAUGCCAGUGAUCGUCAUCGAGAGGCUGUUCGCUUGCUGCUUCAUCUGGGACUACGAGGAGAAGCGGCGCCCGUGGAUCUCCUAUCUUUUAAUUUAUACACAAUCGUUGUUCGCCGCUGCGAUGGGGACAUUCUUUCUCUACGCUUUUGCCUCAAACCCUCGCGUCUCGAUGAUCUGUUUCGUGGGCGGCUAUCUGGUGCUCGGAGCUGUGUUGCUGAUUGUCUACUGGCGACUUUCAGUCUACACUGACCACGUGCUCGCCGCGCUCUCUUCAAUGGCAUAUGGGCAAACGGGCUAUCUUUCUGUAAGGUAUCAAGUGGAGGAGAACAUCCGCGUGUUUCGGCUUAUGCGCCGAAUCGUAAUCGGGAACGCGGUGACCAUCACGGUUGGUUUGGGCAUAGCCACGUUGUGCUGGUUGGCGCCGCGGGAUACGCUGCGCGCGGAGAUGGGCAAAGCGUUCUGCGAGCUGUACAUUGCGUUCUAUGUCGCCAGCUUCCUCGUCGUCUGCUUGUGGGCAGUCGAAGAUUGGCGCUACAGAUUCUUUCAACUCUUAUCCAAGACGAUCCGCAUCGAGCCGAAGCCCGGCUGUCGGCCAAGCGGUUUCGUCGCCGUCGACCCAAACCUCGAAGCGACCAUCUACUUUGACUUUUAUCGAAAGGCAUGG